UUCUCAAAACUGUAAACCUCUUCAUCUUAAAACUAACUGAUUUCUUGGAGGGACGUUGGAACUGGCAGGUUUCUGCAUGCAAACAAUCAAAGAGCCCUCCGUAGGAUCAGGACUGAAAGCACCUAAACUCAAUUCCCAAAAGUUUUCGAACGGUCAGGGCAGGCACAAUUAUGGGCAAAGUUGUCCUCGCGCAAAGUGAAGACUUGAUUUAAUUUUGGCUGGGAAAGUAAAACGAUAGCGUCAGGAAUUAAACAGAGAAUAUUUCAGCAAGGUCUUUUUUGUUCUGAAAUCGUUUACUCAGAUACUUACUGCAAAUGUUAUUUUCAAAAGCGUUCAAAGCUAUUUUUGUACGCAUUCAAAACCAUUGUCACAUGAAAACGAAGUAGUGGCAACAGGGAAGAACUUUCAAGAAGUCUGGAAAGAACACAAAGACAAUGAACAAUUUUUGUUGGAAUACUCUGAAGCCAUGGUUUCACUGGCUGAAAUAUGGGAGUCAUCUCAUCCGCCAUCUGAAAACAGAAUAGACUGGUGUGUGUCUAUAUCAAGACAAUAUUUCAUCAUUGGAGGUUUGAGAAAGAUAUUGGAAAAAGAAAUUAAAGGGCAUUUCUAUGAGUUGAAAAGAGCAGGACAGUGCCAACUGGAUAACUUUGAGGAAUUUUAUAACAAUGAGAGGAAAACAGCUCUAAGAGAAAAAAUAAAUUAUUUCAAGAACAGAAAAUUGCGCUUGCUUGAUGUUGGAAGUUGUUAUAACCCAUUCAGUAAAUUUUCAGAAGAGUUUGAAGUUUUUGCAAUCGAUCUUUGUCCAGCAACAAAGGAUGUUUUCAAAGCUGAUCUUCUUUCACUGAAGAUAAACAAAUGCAGCAAAGGAAAACAUAUUGUCAUGGCGCAAGAACAGAAUUUUGGUGCGUUUUUUAAGGCUCUUAGUUGUGAAGAGGAUGGGGAAAUAGAUCUAAACAAUCCCAACUCAAAAGAGGAUAUUAUUGAAAAAGGUAGAAAAAUGCUGGACGGAUGUGCAGAUCAAUGCUUUGAAAAAGUGGCAACAUUAGACGCUGAACAGUUGAGGUUGGCGGCUCAUGGGGGAACAAUUGAGGAGUUGCCAGCUAGUUCAUUUGAUAUUGUAGUUUUAUCUUUGGUUUUGUCGUAUUUGCCGUCACCAAGACAGCGUUGGUUCAGUUGUAUACAAGCAAACAAGUUACUUCAUAUGCAUGGUCUUCUAUGCAUAAUUGAGCCAGAUUCCGCGCACCAAAAUCGGAACGCCCACCAAAUCCGUGCUUGGAAGGAUGCACUUGCGCACCUUGGAUUUGUACGAUACCGGUACGAGAAGCUGCCACACUUGCACUGCAUGGCAUUUCGAAAAACAAAAGAGGUCUUUGUGGUUCAUGAAAUACCUGAUAAGUCAGACUUGAUGUUUAUUCCACAGGAUUUUCAAGACGAAGAUCAAGAGGAAACGUGUUCAAAUGAAAACAGAAACGAAGACCAAGAUAAGGAAAUCUCAAAUUUGUUUGAGGCGCUACCAGUAGUUUUCUAGAACUGUGCCUCUCUCGGUCACUUGAUAUCCAAUGUGUUUAGCUCCUUCUUUCAGUUUUUUCAAUCGCAAAUAUCUGUUUUGCAUUGAAGCAAAUUAUCAUAUAGGAAUCACAGUUGAUGUCUCUUUGUUAACUAUGUUCUUAUAAGGCUCAAGAUGUGAAAAAAUCAUUCGCACCUCCAUAUUCGGAUUGAAAACAAUUUGACAGCGAUAACUUCAUAACCAAGGGAUUUGUGAAGCCCUUUUAACGCGAGACAGACCCAUUCACCCUCAGAUAAUUUUCAUUUUAUUGCCAAUGCAGCCCCUUGGGGUUUUCGAGACAACAGCAUUUUAGAGGUAUGCCCCUUUUGCAACAUUCCAUUGCCACAAUCUUGUAGAAGCGCUUUUUUGUGGCAAAUAACCAAGAACUUUUCCCUAACAAAAAGAUUUCUAACAGUUUUUAGCAGAAUAAGGUGGGGUCAGGCCCUGUACCGUUAAGAAGCAGAUAUACGAAGACCCAAUGGUAAUAGUGUAAAAAUAUCAUAAAGGUAAAACUCGCAGAAGCCGGGUCUGGACAGAUAAAUAUGUUCACACGUGCGAUGUUCGACAUUCACGUUGCAACAGUCUCGCUUAUUUGGUUCUAAUUUCAUAAGGGACUUCCCAAAACUUAUGCAACCAAAAUUGACGGUAUUUGUAGCAAAUGAUCUUGAACCACGUGUUUUUUUUGAAGUUCCAUGCAUUUUUGUUGGAGCUGUGAAUAUCAGGCCUUUUGUGUUUAAAUCAAGUGGGAUUUGUCUUUGCUGCAGCCUGCAGUGUUUCUUCAUUGAUUCGUUUUCAUCUUUGAUGUCUUCUUUUAGCCGAAAACAGAUAUAUUAGAUAAGCAUUUUCUUCUGGCUAUAUUCCGCAGUUAUUUCUGCGCUAAACAGACCGUGCCCAGCAAGACCGAAACACACAAGAAGACGAAAUAAUUUUAAACCCAACGGCUUCCUGGCAUGCGACGGUCUUGCUUCGAAGAAUGCGGUGAAAAAUAUCUCUUGCUAACAUGUACUUUUUGGGCGUAGUAGGGUUUUAACAGCAGCAAGCCUCGCUAAGCCAUUCGUGCUUGUUUUAUAAUCUUAGCUAACGUACGAAGUAGUGUGAAUUCAGCUUAAAAACGUUUUCCAAGGGAGGAGGCAUAUGGGAAGGUCCUGCCACCCAAGGGCGAUUUAUCCAGCUCCCUUGGUAAUGGUCAAAGAAGUCGAAGUAAACGGACUCCAAAUUUGUAGCGGUAUAAGGGGGUCUGAGCGUUGAUGUUUCAAAGACUCUUUUAAUUUUGGGACUGGCAACGAGCUUUGUUGCGUUAGAGUCUCUUUGCGCUUGAUUGGAUCUUCUCCAAAAAAGUAAAUAGGAGUAUAGAGGAAGUGGUUCGAAAGAUAUAGCGUAAUUGAAAGGGGUGGAAGGAGCUCCCACCACUAUUAAUGAAAGUUUUGGGAAGAAGAAGAAAAAGUAAUUAUCUAUCAAAAAUUAAAUGCUUUACAUUGGCAGCUAUAUAUAUAUAUCGGCCUUGUAUGGGCGCAACAUUCCCACCUUGUGUCGCAUAUUUUUUAUGAGAAAGUAAGCUUGCGAUUAACACUCCACUCGUCUAGUAUGUUCUAAUAUGAAUAAUCCAAGUUUCUGAUUUUUCGUUGAUUCUUAGUUUUUUAUUGAGUGCUGAAAGGUCUCUUAGUUUCUUUUAAAAAUGGCUUUGAAAAAAGAAAACAUUUCAUAAGAUGCUGAAAGUUUUCCAUCUGACACCCCUCAGAAUGCAUAACGUCAACAUAAGGGCCCGAAAGCGCAAGAUGAAAUUAUCUACCUAGUUGUUGAUCGAAUAGGCCAAUAAAAAGGUGUGAACACAUGACCGGCAUGGUUGUGCUUUCGAACCCUUAUUCGGACGUUGUAAACUCUGAGGAGUGUCAGACGAAAAAGCUUUUAGUAUCUUGUGAAACGUUUGCUUUUUCAAAGCCAUUUUCAAAUUAUGAACCGCCAAAAAAUUGCACACAUUUUUAAGGGUUUUUAAAUACCAAAAUUGUAAAUACCAUACAUUUUAGAUAGACAAAAACAUAGCGCGAGAUAACAUGAAAAACACCUAAUAAGUCACAAGGAGCUUUUAUUACUAUUUUUCUCAAUGCAAAUAGGUGGCUAAUCGUCGAAAAGAAUUGCUCCAAACCUAUCUUUAAAGGAAGGAUAUUCAAGCAGUGUCUUAAGUUGCGGGUGAUUAAUGCUAUGGUCUCUUUGUCUUAUAUUCAUUAUAGAGCUCGAUUUCACACGGACAAAAGAAAAGUAAGUAUGUUUAAAAAAACUUUGUCAUGGAAAAAAUGAUGGAAAAAUUUGCAAAAGAAACUACUGGUGUGCUGUUGGUAACUGGACUUGUGCUUCAGUGUAUAAAAUACCUGAAGAUGAAAUCAAUAUGUUAAGAUACGCGAUCGUGUGUUAAUGAUGAUACGGCGAUCAGAUCAGCUGUCGUGAAAUCUGAUUGGCUGCAGGUCUCAACAUGCUAUUGCUGAUUGACGAGGUCGAGCUUGGUUUCUUCCUUGCAAGUCAACUUUAUUCAUUUUCAACGGCAGUGCUGCUUUUUAUGCAACAGAACCUGAUUAGAUUGACCGCUCUGCUUCUAAGAAGAAUGGAAGAGAUGAAUGAUGAUCGAUGAGCAAGAUAAGGGCUUUGCGUGGCUUUCAACACAGCCCGUUGCCGCAGGAGUAUAAUGAUGUAGCUCUCUUGUACUGACAUUACGCCACAAAUUUUGUUUACGCUCAGCCGUUCAAUUUUCAUUAGGUUUUGCUCUGUAAAUUUGGCUGCUUUGAGAAAGCAGAAAAUGAUUAAUAAUAGAUGAGAAUGGUGAAUCCAAGUGAAUUGUGAGCUUAAAACGAGCAAAAUAAAGCGGCACAGGAUGCCUCAUAUUCGUAGAUUUUGAAUUAUUCCUGGGUCAUUUAGAUUAAAUUUACUUGGAAAAGGUUUAGGCAGGAAGCCUCAAGCAUAAAGAAUUUAAGCCAGCCUGCUUCGAUUCGAGAUAAAACCCUUCAUAGAUACGACCGAAAAUCUACUGCCUGCAACCACCAAAGAAUAAAGUCUUCCAAACACGAGAAAGAGCCACUCGAGAAGGAUUAUCUCCUGCUUUGACAGCCAUUGUUCAGUAAAACAACACUGUCUCCUUGUAAAAUUGAUUGGAAGCGUUUUUCUCUGCAAAUGGCCUGCAAUAACAGCUUCGAACGACUUCACAAGUUAAUGUGCCAAGGCACACAAAAUUGUCUGGGAAGACGAUUAAUGAAAAGUGUUAGCCUCUUCAACUUCAACAUUUUAUUAUCAGUAUAUUUUAAAAUAAUUACAAGUGAUACGAUAAUGCUAACAUAAAUGAAUUAAAGAUAAAAGCAUACUUUACAUGAAAUUGUCAGUAGGAAAAAAUUAAAUACUGAAGGAUACGUAGAAAAAACUCAGAAGAGCUUUCGAGCUCCGCACUUUUGUGAUUCUGAAAGUGAUAUUGUACAUAUUUAAAGAAACAUAUUUGAGAAAAAACGCAUACACAAAGUUGUAUCAAUAACAGUAACAGCAAGAAUAGAUAAAAGAAAGGAAACAACUUGAAAAAGUAAGAAUAAAAAUAAAGGAAAUGAGAUAAAAAGAAAUAGAGAGAGAAAGAAAAGGGGAGUGCAAUUCAAAAGUUGACAAAUUGAAGGCCUAUGAAUAUUUUUGUUCAUUUUUUGUAUUACGCAAUUCAAGAGGCAGACAAUUCCAAAAUUUAACACCCUGAUAAGAAAUGAAUUUCGAGGAGAAAGAAAUAAAAGAAGGGAGAUGAAACCAAAACAGUAUUGACGAGCAUUUCGAUGAUGUUCAUCACUGCAUUCUUGAACAAGCUGUUACAUCCGAAGAAAUCAUAAACACGCUUUAGCUCUCAAUAUAUUUGUAUAGGUAGGUACAGAUGCUCUGCAGUAAAUAUUAUAAAAAAGCAGCCUCUUUUUGCAGCCGAGGCAAAUGUGACAAAACUCUACCUUUACAAACGAGGCACUAGAUAGAACGUGACCUUUAAAUAUGGCGUCACUAAAUUGUUUACACCACUUACACUCUUUUCGUUCUAUAAGAAUAUUGUUUAUAAGAAUAUUCAGGAUCAGAAUUAUUCAACUUUGAAGAAUAUGGUAACAAGCCGGUGGUCUUUACAACAUCUUGGAAAAUUCAUCUAGAACAGAGGAAACAUUAUGUAGUUGUAGUAGAUCAAAGAUCAGACAUGGCAGAAGUAAAAUUUGGUGUACCCCAGGGGUCUUUGCUUGGUCCAAGGCUUUUUGCCAUCCAAGUAAACGACCUACGUAAAAUUCCUUCAAAAGGGAUACUAAACAUGUAUACAGGCGACACUGUAUACUGUCAACUUGAAAUUUGUUGAAUACAUGUGCAAGCGAAGAGUUGCAUGCAUAGCACACAAAUUGUAUUACGAGAAAGGCCCAGACACCAUGAAAGACUUGCUAGGACGCUCGAAAUCAGGAUCAAUGAAUCUCAGGGAUAAUGUAAAAGUCAUCUUGAACAGGCCUAAAACUGCAUAUGGAUGAAAUUCAUUCAAACACAGAGCAGGCUUAAUAUGGAACAGACUACCAAUUAAAGUGAAAAGCAUUGAGAACUAUGAGCAUUAUAAAAAGAGUUAUAAAAAAUGUGUGUAUGUAUGUAUGUAUGUGUGUAUGUAUGUGUGUGUGUGUAUGAGGCCUUUAAUUGGUUUAAGUGAAGUAAAAAAGGCGUUCUAAUGAGAGGGGUCAAGGUGCGGCCAAACUAUGAAAUGUUGCCGUAUGAAAUGGUUUCUGUGAAAUAAAAAUUGUAUGGUCAAACUUGGUUGAUAUUUUCUGACAGACAAUUUAUUGUUUUCAAUGUUCCAGUGAUACCCUGCCCAACGAAUUGAAUUGAAUUGGGAAAACAUUGUUACACACGAAAGAGUCACAAAAAGGUUUAUGAUCAUCAAACAUAUCUAUGACAAGGUGUUGAAAGAUUUUGUCGUACGAAAUUCUGCGCAGCUUGUGAAACACAAAGAAAAACCAGAGCUUGUUCAAACUCACAGCACAUUGACCACUUGAAUUGACUCUCUUAACAAGAAUGACAUCAGCUGCUUAAAUUUCGUUUAAAGUUACCCGCCGCAUAUAGAUAAAAUAAUUUUAUUAUAUAUUUGUUUUUUUUUCAGAGAGGCCUAUAUUUAUAGCCGAUUCAAUACCUAGUAGAAACAAGAUAUUAUAAACUUAAUUUCUU